UCUAAAACACAAUGAUCGUUACUGUUUUAACCCUAUAUAGCGGCUAGGACGCUUGUAGGCCUUAGUGAGAGCUGUGCUUCUUUUAUGAUUAUGUAUGUCGGGGGCGGGAGCAGCAAAUUAGCGUUUCAAUUUACCCGUAUAUAACGAAUUAGGCAGUCACAAGACAAAAGAAAGUGCAGUAUGGGGAUCCCUAGAAAAGAACUAGGUAUCACCGGCACCGUUUUGUUCGCUCUGCUCUGGACAACACCUCAUGCAGAAACACGUGUGUACCCAAGACUGAUUGAAGGUAGGGCUGAUGACGGCGACUUGUUGCUGAACAUCCAUACGGGCCUGACUCUUCACCUUCGCAAAAGUUCUAUACUCGCAAGAGACUUCUUCCUUACAUCAGCCUCUGGCAUUGAAACACACAGCAUAAUUCUGAACGGGUCGGAACUCGAGCGCGACUUGUACCACGACACGGAGCAGCGUUCUUCGAUUAUCGUAAGGCGAAAGGAAAACGGCGUGGAGGUGAGAGGAAUCUUGAACGAUCAACUCAGGAUUACGCCGGCUGUUCUUUCCCAACGUUCCGAUGAAGGUCUCAUUCCUCAUGAUGUAUUUACAGUCGAAGAAAGAUCAAGCACUCCUGCGAAUUCAUCUGGACUUUCUACGAAUGAUACGUGCGCAAAGGACCACACGAAAAGUGCUGUGAAAACAAGUAUAAGUAACUGUACCAGUGAGUUUGUUGUCGAAAUGUGCGUGGUAGCAGGGCCCACAUAUUGGAGCGUGUUCAAUAAAACUGAGGAUCUCGUCACCUAUGUAGCGACGGGAAUGAAUGCGGCUAACUUCUGGUUCACUGACAUGGAGAAACCGGCGGUCAAGUUGCAGCUUAAUCGAAUUAUCCAAUAUGAGAACGAUUCCAUAGCUGGCAGAAAUAUCUGUGGACCAACACUCUACGAGCUGAACAACCACAACACCUGUGCGGCAGACAUACUUGACGCAUUGAAUGCCACCGUAGACCUGAAAAAUGAAUGCGGUUUGGAAGGUUGCGACCUACUUUUGCAGCUUACCAGAGGCAACCUUGCGAUGGAGGUCAACGGCACAUGUAUCAACAGGAAAGUUCAAGGUGUGGCUAAUUUGGGCGGCGUUUGCACAAACUACAGUGCUGCAGUUGUAGAAGACGAGCCACUGCUCUACAGCGGAGUAUCUACGA